CAUUCAUUUAUAAAAGCUCGAACAUAGUACAAUUAAAAAAAAUAUUUUUUAAAGCAUUUUUUUACUAAAAAUAAUAAUCUAAAAAAAGAAAAAAAUUCCGCAAUAAAGCAAAGUUGGUAUGUAUUUUGAUUAAAUGUGGAAGAAAUGUAUUUAUAAUCAUUUAUAAAAGCGCUAAAGAGUCGCAUAACCGUCUCAAAAAAGUUAUCGCGCCUUUUAAUUAACAUUUUUUUGAGUGAGUGUGUUGAAAAACUAACAGCGAAAUGUUCGUUCGUUUAAAAUUUUUUCUUUAAUAAAAGUUCAAUACCAAUAAUACGUCAUAUAUAAAAGCAGUGGAAAUACUGUCAGCAAUUAAGUAUUGUCAUCAGCAACAAAAACAAUCGAUGGACACGGUGUGUUGUUCAACAACUAACAGCGAAAUAAUUCAGAUCCUUUGAUUGUCUAAAGUGUCACAGCCAGCAGCAGUCGUCAUGUCACUCGCAAAUGAAUUGACAACAAUAAUAUUAUUGUUGCUCACAUUUUUGUUGACACCAACAAUAACAACAACAGCAAUGGAUAGCAAAAAUGCAAUGCGACAACAACAAGCCGUGCAUCGGAAUGCUUUAGCCACACUUGUGCAACAACCGGCCAUAGUGUUGGCCUCCGCCGGCACUGAUAGUUACCUAUCUCACCCCGCCGCCGCCAAUGUACCCAGCUACGCAGCGCUGCAUCGCAGCAGUCAGCAAUACACACAAGAACAGUUCCAGCGUAGUCAUCAACAGCAGCAAUCAAGCAAUAUCAAUAUGCUGGACUUCCGCGGUGCAUUCGUGGCGCCCACAGCUUCGGGUGAGCAACAGCCGGAGCUAACCACUUACCCACCGCCGACAUUUGAUUUUGGCAUGCCACGAAAUAUAACAGCGCGUUCGGGUCAAACGGCAGCGAUAAAUUGUCGGGUCGAACAUUUGGGUGAUAAAUCGGUUUCAUGGAUCCGAAAACGUGAUUUACAUAUCCUAACCGCAGGCAUUUUGACAUAUACGUCCGACGAACGAUUUCAGGUUGUACGCACCGCUGAUUUCAAGGAUUGGACGCUGCAGGUGAAGUACGCGCAGCCACGUGACAGCGGCAUCUAUGAAUGUCAAGUAAAUACGGAACCGAAGAUCUCCAUGGCUUUCCGGUUGAAUGUUAUAGUGACACCGCCGGAUGCCAAAGCAAUGAUUGUCGGACCAUCCGAUCUGUAUGUGAAGGUGGGCAGCGCCAUUACGCUCACCUGUCAUGUGAAGCAACCGUCGUCGGCGUCGGAUAUUGGUCCUAUCUAUUGGUAUCGAGCCAACUACAUGCUGACACCCUUUGUGGCGCAUCCGAAUGAGGCAGCCAUCGAUAUGCGGCGCAUAUCAAUGGAAUCGAAUUUGGGCGAAAAGCUGCAAAGCCGGUUGCGCAUAGCGAAUGCACAAACCGCCGACUCCGGCAAUUACACGUGUAUGCCGACCACAGCCGAGGCUGCCAGUGUGAUGGUGAAUGUUAUAAAUGCUGAAACGCCUGCGGCUAUGCAAAAAAGUGCCGCCACACCGUUACAGACUCGCUGCUACAUUCUCUUGCUUUUUGGCACAUUCUCAGUGCGAUGGCUGUUGAUGUGCUCCACAUCUUCGUCAAAAUUGUCACAACACUUUAUACCAACAAAGGCACCCAGCAAGACGCAGCCAUUACCGGAAGCAAGUUGCCGAACAAACACCGUCGUGAAUAUCGAACAUCAAACUAUUUUGCAUAGAGAAAUUUGUUAUGGUUCAGUCUCAUGAUGUUGCGGCAUUGAAAUAUAAAAAAUAAAAAAAAUAUAAAAAAUUCAAAAUGUAAGGCAUCCUAAAAAGCACCCAAAAGGCUAUAAAGCUCAUAACUGUAUUCAAAAGA